AUGGACACCGCCGAGAGCAACGACUACUACAUGCGCAUCGACUAUGCUCGAGAAGCAGUGCUCGAUGUUCAACAGCAGCUACAAGACUCUCGGAACGACAUCGCUAAGGUGAUGGAUGCAGCCGAGCUGCUCACUGCUGAGGCAUGUGCGCUUGCUCUUCGACGAGAAGAGUUGGAAAAAGACGAAGCCACAUUGGUCCAAUCCGAGGCAAUCGCGGUGCAAAAUAAAAUACUUGCGGAGAAGAAGCUCAUGGAUAUUGGUGGAUACGAAUGCGUCGUGCGAAUCCUGCGCAAGGACCUGCAGAAGGCCAAGCUCGAGAUAAUGGACACCGAGGAUGAAACAAAGGACCUUAUCCACGAGGAGCUUCUUCUUCGAGCACAAAUUGCCAGUAUGACGGAGAGCUUGACCGCUACCCAGCAGAGCGUCGCGAAACUGCAGCAUGAGUGCGCCAGCGCAGCCGAGGGGAAGCGCCAGACCGAUGACAAGCUGCGGCAACUGUCUCUAUUCCUCGAUCAAGCGCUUAACUCCCCGUCAAGCGUUCGCCAUCACAUUGGCAAAGCUCCAGGACACGCUUACCUCUCUGUAUCUCUGUACGCGACCGCCAUGGACAAGUACCGACGCGUGGAGAAGCCUCGCCGCGAGGAGCAAUCGACGCAGGUGGAGCCCAACGAGAUCCGCAUCACGCAGCAGGGUAAAGUGCGCAGCUACAUUUCCUACGCCAACGGGCUCUUCGCUGAGAAGAGUGAACGUCGUGUGGUAUUGAAGGCUAUGGGCAACGCAAUCAGCAAGGCUGUGACUGUGGCGGAGAUCCUGAAACACCGUGUAGCCAAUCUGCAUCAAGUGACGCGUAUCUCGUCCAUUGAGACUGUGGACGUGUACGAACCGCUUGAGGAGGGACUGGAUCGCAUCGAGACCACGCGUCACAUCCCUGGGAUCUCAAUUCAGCUCUCGCUGGACGAACUGGAGCGAGACGACCCUGGAUACCAGAGUCCCAUCCCGCUGGAUCAGGUGACGGCAGGUUCGCCGACGUACCACGAUGGUCGGGAGUUCAGGAAGCCACGAGGCCACAGUAGACGCUCUGGUCGCAAUGGAAACAAUAGUGGAGACGCAGAAACGGCAGCUAAAACGGAGGAAACUAUCGAGGAAGUUGAGGUAGAGGCGGACGAGCAGAGUCCUGGUGAAGGAGCUACCGGUAGUAAUACCGGUACGCCGACGACUCGAGGAAAGCGAGGCAAGGGACGAGGUCGUGGACGUAGCGGUAGCAAUGGAGGACGUGGCAAGAAGACACGUGGACGUAAUUCUGAUGGAGAAGACCAGGCAGAAGCCGGUGCAGUCGAACAGGUAGAGACGGGAACGCCGGCCACGCAGACAAACCGCAAGUCUGGACGUGGGAGGAAAGGGAAGAGAACGCCACGUAACGAUGACGAGAAGACAGCAGAAGGAGAAGAUGUCGAUGAAUCUCGUGAGAAUGGCGGAGGUGGCAAGGGACGACAUUCUGCUCGUGGUCGUGGUCGAGGACGUGCCCGUGGAGGUCGCGGCGGGAGCAAUGGACGCGACGGAAACGCCGCAUCUGCUACAACGGAUGCGGUUGCCGCAACUGAGCAGUAAGUUUGUCAUCUCGUAGGAUUCUGAUAAUGUCGGAGCUUAUGCUGGACACGUGAAGGAGCAUGACGUGAACUAGGAAAGAUAAAGCAAACAAAAAUAGUAAUGAUUGACUCUUUUAGUCAAA